AAGGAACGCUCAUCUCUCUCUCUCUCUCUUGUGUAAUCCUGUGCAGUAAUCUCAAGAACUCAACACAUACUGCAAGAAAAACUUCUGAGUUUUCUUUUCUUAUUUUCGUUUGUUUGGAUUUGAACCGAAUCGUCUUUGUAUUUGUGGACAUAUUGCCAUUAAUUCACUUCCAAAGCACCUCUCUCUCUCUCUCUCUCUCUCUCUCUCUCUCUCGGAAAGGGUUUCAGAAAGGGAAAAGAUUAAAAGCGCAUAGUAUCACUCCGCCUUGAGUGCUUCCUUGCUUCCUCGACACCUAUUUCUUCGCAUCAUUCUUCAUAAUUCCAGGAAACUGACCUACCAAGCAAAGCAGCCCCUUUCCCAUUAACAAUCCUCGACAUGCUUCAGCUCUAUUGGCCAUGACGCUUUGUCUCCGUUAGAACCUGUCAGUAGACGAGAAAGAAUAUCCAGUAAGGAAGUGAAGUCUUGAAAUUUUCUCUCUCUCUGAUCCUCAGAUGCCCAAGAACUCAUCUCUUGAUACCCGAGCCUUUUGAUUUCAGUUCGAGUUUUGAAGAAUACCCAGAAGAUCAAGAUUCGAACUUUGCUUUGGUUUUUCCCUCUCCGAGGCUCAGAUGUCGAAGAACACACCUGCAGAAGACGAUACAGCCAUGCCAAUCUGUGAAGUGCUGAAGAGAUUCAAGCGCUGGAGGCUAUUGUUCGAACCGUCUGUGGGUGUCUUGGGGUUUUUCCUGGUCGGCUUGUGUAUAAUCAGCGCCUUUUUCUAUUUCGAUUACAGAGCCGUGGCUAAAAGGUACGGCCUUUCGGAUCAAUCGGAGAGAUUUAUGUGGUUGAGGCUUGAUGGGUCUGAUGAUAAUCCCAAGAGAGUGGGGUUCUUGGAAGAAGAUGGAAAUGGGUGCGAUGUGUUUGAUGGAGACUGGGUUUGGGAUGAGACUUAUCCGUUGUAUCAAUCGAAAGAUUGCAGCUUUUUGGAUGAAGGGUUUAGGUGUACUGAGAACGGAAGGCCUGAUUUGUUGCACACUAAGUGGAGAUGGCAACCCAGACUUUGCAAUUUGCCCAGAUUCGAUGCAAAACUGAUGCUGGAGAAUCUCCGGGACAAGAGGCUGGUGUUCGUUGGGGACUCGAUAGGACGAAACCAGUGGGAGUCUCUUCUGUGUCUGCUGUCUUCUGCGGUUGAGAACAAGAGCUCUAUCUAUGAAACCAAUGGUUGUCCGAUCACAAAGCACAAGGGCUUCUUAGUGUUCAAGUUUCAGGACUAUAACUGCACGGUCGAGUACUACAGAUCGCCGUUUCUCGUCGUCCAGAGCAGGCCGCCGGCUGGAUCACCUGAUAAGAUCAGAACGACCCUGAAACUGGACACGAUGGAUUGGACCUCGGCCAAGUGGAAAGACGCGGAAGUGUUGGUCUUCAACACUGGCCAUUGGUGGAACUACGAGAAAACCAUAAGACAGGGCUGUUACUUCCAAGAAGGUGAACAAGUGAAAAUGGAGAUGAGGCCAGAGGAUGGAUACAGGAAAGCUAUCGAGACAGUAGUACAGUGGGUACAAGACGAGGUUGAUUCGAGCAAAACCCAGGUCUUCUUUCGCACCGUUGCACCUGUUCAUUUCAGGGGAGGAGACUGGAGAACCGGAGGAACAUGUCAUAUGGAGACAUUACCCGAAAUCGGAACCUCAUUGGUGCCUUCAGGGACAUGGGGACAGAAAAAGAUCCUCAACGAUGUCUUGUCUGGUCUCUCCAACAGAUCGGAGACGGUUAAACUGAAACUGUUGAACAUAACAGCCAUGGCGGCUCAAAGAAAAGACGGCCACUCGUCUCUGUACUAUCUCGGUCCAGCUGGUCCUGCGCCACUGCACAGGCAAGACUGCAGCCACUGGUGCCUCCCUGGAGUUCCCGAUUCAUGGAACGAGCUCCUCUAUGCUCUGUUUCUUAAGCACCAAGCUUCUUCUCGGACUUUCGAAACAAGUACGGGAAACGCGACACGGUGGUGACGGCGGGCAAGAACAGUUUAGAACAGCUCCGUUUCUUACAGGAAUGGCGGGGGUUUUGACGAGGCUUUUUGACAUGGGAAGAUAAGAAGACACAGCAGAAAGAAUUAGUUCGGAUGGUUAAGAUUUAAUUGGGUGGGAAAAUGUAAUUAUGGUUUGAUCGUGUCUCUCUCAUUGUAAAGAUAUGAAUAUAUCCAUAUGGUGUUUAAAUGCUGUCCAUGAAAAUAUUCAUGAUAACUCAAAAACAUAAAGU